CGAGUCACGUGACCGCCGCCAGUCCCUGUAAUGGCUUCCUGCAUCGGCUCCCUGCUCACCGUCUGAAAACAUGGACAACUGUGGGUCAAAGAGAAACACGGUUACCCAUAGAUGCUACAGAGGCAUUCUCAGACAUCUCCGAAAAAAAUAUCAGGCAAAUGUGAGAAGGAGAGCAAAGCACUCGAAAUAACGGAAUAUGCUGUUAUACCAGUUACCAGACGACAUACUAUACCUCGUUCUCUCUUAUUUGGACUGCAAGUCUUUGAGCCGUUUGUCCCAAGUUUGCAAGAAAAUUCACAAUUUCGCUAACCGUGACGCAGUUUGGAGGAGUAUAGCUAGAGAAUGCAUCAACACGGGAAUGACCAGACAAGGGACAGAUAUGUACCCCCAGAUCCCCCUAAAGGACCGGGUGAGGGUGUCACAGAACUGGAGGAGGGGACAUCAUCGGAAAGAGGUCUUGCUGAAGUGGAAGACAAAUUUGUUGCCAUGGAUACAGCUGGACCGAGAUGUCCUGUAUCUGUCUCAGGCGGCAGACAUCGGGGCAUACCACCUCCGAAUGGAGGGGGGGAGAAUCCGCAGGCCUGCAGCUGUGUAUUCAGGACACCAGGAGGAUGUGUGCAGAUUUGUUUUGACAGACACACACCUCAUCAGUGCCGGAGGAGAUGGGAAGAUUAUUGCUCACCACCGGUGGGGUUGCCAGUGGGUCGAGUUGUGUGGCCACGGGCAGGAAGUGAACUGUGUUGACAGCCAGGGCGGGGUCAUCGUCAGUGGCUCGAGAGACCGCACAGCACGGGUGUGGACACUGUCGUCGGAGCAGCUUGGAGGAUGUUUACACACGAUCCCCAUGUUGGACAGAGUGUGGUCUGUGGCCAUUAGUCCAUCCCAGAGCUCCUUCGUGACAGGGACGGCGUGCUGCGAGAACUCCACUCCUCUGCGCAUCUGGGACACAGAGAGGGGUCAGCUGGUAACAUGUCUGGGAGGGCAGUUUCGGCACGGAGCAGGCGUACUGGACGUGGCGUUCGAGUCGCCCGCCCUGCUCCUCAGUUGCGGCCAUGACACCUACAUUCGCUACUGGGACUUGAGGACCAGCGCCAGGAAUUGUGUCAUGCAGUGGGAGGAGCCUCAUGAUUGCGCUCUGUACUGCAUCCAAAGUGACGGAAACCACAUGAUCGCCAGUGGCUCCUCCUACUACGGCGUUGUGCGUCUGUGGGACAAACGCCACACCCGGUGCUUGCAGUCAUUCCAGCUGUCGCCACCCACCAGCAGCCCUGUGUACUGCCUACGCUUCAACACAUCUCACCUGUACACCGCCCUGGCCACCGCGCUCUUUGCUCUGGACUUUCGGGGUCAUGUGACCAAGGUCAGGAGAUGAGGGAGAUCAUGAGCCACCAGCAGGAGCCUCCUGACAUCGGCCUUGGACCCAAGUGUGCAGCCCUUUGGAGGGUGGGGAGUCUUGUGUUUCUUUGUGAUUGCAUGUUCUACAGAGCUCUGGAUUAGAAGAUUGGACAUCGCCUCCCAGAACUUGUAGACCGUACAAACCAGGCAGUGAGAGCUUCUGCUUCUCCAAAGGGGUCCAGUGCACUGAACCUUUCCCUUUGUGACCCAUUGCUUGUCAUGGGAUGGAAGCUUCUGUUCCACUAACCCAAAUGUAUUGGGCAGCAGAUCUCCUUGUUCCCCACUGACAGAGCAUCAAUACCAACAUGUCAAGCCCCUUGGUGACUGAUGGAUUUCCCUCCUUAAUUAUUUAGGGGCAGUUGGCCAUUAGGAGGUUAGAUGAAGCAUCCGGGCUGUUUUUGCCACUAAAGAAUACUGCCGUGGUUAGAAUUUAGUCAUACAUCACGGACGUAUGACUUGGUGCUCAUAAGCAUCCGAAUAAUGCAGAUAUGCUAUGGAGAAUAUCAGGUUACCACUGUCACCCUCUGAAAUGUACCCCUAGGUGUCCUGUUUUUCAAAUAAAGUUACAAAAUUUGGAUGCGGGCUUCUCUAUGUUGGAAGACACAAAUGUCAACCUGCAUUAUCUUGUUUUUGGGGAGGGGGGCUGCAUCAUGGUUGUGGUCUACAGCACUGUCAGUGUCAGAACAGGCCGAAACACGCCCGACGCUGGUAAUCCCGGUGCCUCGGAAAACAAAUUUCUUGUCCUAUUGAUGUUAAAGCCCUGGGAUUUGGCUGCUAUUGAAGAGCACGCUCGAGGAUGUCGCUAGGCUAUGCUAGCCUCGACUCAGACACCGUAGGGCAUGCGGGGAUAUACCCAUAUAAGAACCUUAUGGCUGGAGAUGACUCUUGAAAUCCUGGGGGCCAAAACAGUGCUCUUUUAUUCAUUUUAAUGUUACAUGAUCAUUCAAAAAUGCUGCUAAAUUGGACGUCUUACUCGCGAUAGUAAACUACAAGUGAGAGAUGUUAAUUUCAGCUGGUUAGAAAAUUUUAAACUUUUUGAUGCCAUCUCCUUUGCCUUAAAGCAUGGAACUAUUUUUGAAUUUAAAAAAUAAAAUGUGGAAGAAAUCA